UACCUCUGCUCUUUCACAAUGUGUUCGAUCUACACAGCCCGGCUCCCGGCCAAUCAGGACAAGACCAAAUCCCCCUGAUCCGUAAACCACUACUCCUGGCGUCCCCUCUCGUUCUGUACAGUACAGUGUGUAUGUCACUCUGAUUUUAAGCCUCAGGACAGUGAUGAGGCUUCUUUGAAAGAGCUUCUAUACCCACAGAUAAAAGGAUCUCACCUUCAGACUCUACAUUACCUGCACCCCCCUCCCCCCCCAACCCCACAAAAGAUUUUGAGCCUGUGCUCCUCACCUGUCACAGAAGUGCUGAUUCAAAGGAAGUACCAAAGUGUCUGCUAGAAGCCAUGUUUGUGGUCAAAAUCCUGUGCUGUUUGCUGUUAACAUAUCAUCUCAUUGCGGGGAAGAAAAUCAAAGGAAACAGAGCAGGUGCAGUGGAGCAGAGUGGAGUCCUGACGGUGAAAGAGCCGUAUGUCAGCAGUUCAGUCUUCAGGCUGUUUUUAGAAGGUGAGGACACCUGCAAACUGGACCCUCUGCAGCUGCACACUCUCACCUCCUGCGGCUUCAACAGCAGUAAUCCCCUCAUCAUCAUCACUCACGGGUGGUCGGCAGUUCUUCCUAAGGUGGAUGGAAUGAUGGAGAGCUGGGUGCUCAGGUUAGCCACAGCCCUGAAGACAAAUCUGGUAGACAUCAACGUGGUGAUCACCGACUGGCUGUCCCUGGCUCAACAGCACUACCCCACAGCAGCACAGAGCACCCGCACUGUUGGAAAAGACAUAGCUCACCUCCUACAGUCACUUCAGGAAGAGUACCAGUACCCACUCAGAAAAGCUCAUUUGAUUGGCUAUAGCCUUGGCGCUCACAUCUCUGGAUUUGCUGGAAGCUAUCUGGAAGGUACAGAGAAGAUUGGAAGAAUUACUGGUCUUGAUCCAGCGGGGCCGCUGUUUGAAGGCAUGUCUCACACAGACAGACUGUCUCCUGAUGAUGCUGAAUUUGUGGAUGCCAUCCACACCUUCACCCAUGAGCGUAUGGGCCUCAGUGUGGGCAUCAAGCAAGCUGUGGCACAUUAUGACUUUUACCCUAACGGAGGAGACUUCCAACCAGGAUGUGACCUGCAAAAUAUUUACGAGCACAUAAGCCAGUAUGGACUCCUCGGUUUCGAGCAGACAGUGAAAUGCGCUCAUGAGCGAUCCGUUCAUCUAUUCAUUGACUCUCUGAUGAAUAAAGACAAACAGAGCAUGGCCUACAGGUGCAGUGACAACAGCGCUUUUGACAAAGGUAUAUGUCUGGACUGUCGGAGGAAUCGCUGCAACACACUGGGCUACAAUAUCAAGAAGGUUCGCAGUGGCACCAGCAAGAGGCUCUACCUGAAAACACGCCCUCGGAUGCCUUACAAACUCUAUCAUUACCAGUUCAGGAUCCAGUUUGUCAACCAGAUGGAGAGGAUUGAGCCCUCUCUCACCAUCUCCCUGACUGGAACAAAGGAGGAGAGUGGGGACCUCCGCAUCCUCUUCACUGAAAAGUUUUCAGGUAAUAAGACCUACACCUCGCUGAUCACCCUUGACAGAGACUUGGGGGCUCUGAUGUUGCUCAAAUUGCACUGGGAAGGACCGGCCCUUUGGAGGAACGUGUGGAGCCGGGUGCAGACCAUCAUUCCCUGGGGUGGCCAGGAUUACAAACCAAUGCUGACUGUGGGCAAGAUCAGUGUCAAAGCAGGCGAGACCCAGGAGAGGACAUCUUUUUGUGCCAUGACAGACGAUGGACAACACGUUGAGCUCUUGCAGGAUAAAGUGUUUGUGCGUUGUAAAGAAGACACACAGAGACAGCGUAGAAGAAAGCACAACCAGUAGACUCGUGUGGGUUCCUUGAUCUGCUCAGCAGACUGAAGAUCUCUGAUGGAUGGCCUGGAGGGUGACGCCUGGAUGAAAUCCUGUAAACUCCUCAAAGUGAGGCUGCACAGAUUUAGGGAGCACAUUAGAAAUCAUUAAAUGUCUGAGAGAUGUGGCACUAAAUAAACAGUGUUACAGUUUAAUAGGAGAAUUGAAUCCUGGGAAACUGAGGCUAGAAAAGAACUAGCAACUUUUGUAAACUGUGUUUACAAUUGACAGAAAUAUGUUUAAGUUUGAUUAUGUGAUAAAAAUCAUUACUAAGCUACAUGUUGCAUGUGAUCACCACCCCAGUUUACAUUUCUGUCAACAUACAAAUGUCUUUCAGGGGUAUGAAUAGUUGAAAGUUUGCCAAUUCAAAUAUUAACCAGACAAUGAACACAGAGUCAGAAGUUCAAUUAUCUUUAGAUGACGUUAAUUCCAAAGACUAUAAAUGUAUUUUUUUAAAGUGUGUUUACCGUGUAAAAUGAUCACUUUCAUAAUUUAAAAAUGUACAUUAGUAUCGCCAAUACAACUCUUAAUCAGACUCAAACCAGAGCAA